UGGCCUGGAAGCUGACAAACUGGUUGUUGCACACAGACAAGCUGCCUGCAGAUGCAGAUAAAGGCACCAGACAGGAGCGUUGAGUUUGGAAAGCUGCAAUAAAAGGCAUCAGCGAGCGUGGUCAGAGAAUCAGGAACAGAACAGAAGAUGUGGCUGUAACACAGAGCCAGGAUAUUUUUACAGAGCAUAGAAUCUUUUUAAUGUCAAUCGGAGGAAAACUUUACUGGUGAAGGUGCUUUCUGAAGAAGGAAAGAGACUGAGAAUGAUGGUCUCUGAGAAGUACCGACUGGGAGCAUCUUUAUGUCCAUAGACUGCAGAAUGCUCCUAUCAAGUGACUUUUACUCCAGUUUGAGGUAUUUGAGCAGUGGUGCAAGUACGGUGGUAUGGUCCGGUACGCUGUACCAGUAAGAUAUACAUAGCUGGUACGGUGUAGCAGAAAGACACAGGAGGAGCCCGCCACCAGCUGCCCAGCCCCAGCCCUUCCACGCAGCUGCAUCUCCUGAGUCCUCCUGCCUGAGCCCUGCCAGUUACUUGGGGACCCAAGAAGAGAGCCUGGAUGCCAUCUGACAUAACGGUUUUCCCUGCUGCGUUGGGUCAUGGAGAGUAAAGCACCUGUGGAGGCUGAUUCCAAUGGCGGCAUGGUGCUGCUCAAAAAGGAGAAGCCGGAAAUGGAGCCAAGAGGCCAGUGGAGUAAUAAAAUGGAGUUUAUGCUCUCCAUGGCUGGGGAGAUCAUCGGCCUGGGCAAUGUCUGGAGAUUCCCUUAUCUCUGUUACAAAAAUGGAGGUGGUGCCUUCUUUAUCCCCUACCUCAUCUUCCUCUUCACCUGUGGGAUCCCAGUGUUCUUCCUGGAGACAGCGCUAGGACAGUACACCAGCCAGGGAGGGGUCACUGCCUGGCGGAAGAUCUGCCCUCUCUUUGAAGGAAUUGGAUACGCCUCACAAGUAAUCGAAUCCUAUCUGAAUAUCUACUACAUUGUCAUCCUGUCCUGGGCUAUCUUCUACCUGUUCAGCUCCUUUACUGCUGUGCUUCCCUGGGCCACCUGUAAUAAUCCUUGGAACUCAGAUCGCUGCGUGGACUUUCUGAAUCACUCUAACAUGGAGAACUGGACAGCGCCUGCUAAUGCCACCUCCCCCGUUACUGAGUUCUGGGAGAAGCGAGUCCUGGGACUCACAGAUGGUAUUCACAAUCUGGGCACUGUGCGCUGGGAGCUGGCUCUCUGCCUCCUGUUCGCCUGGGUCAUCUGCUACUUCUGCAUCUGGAAAGGAGUCAAGUCCACAGGCAAAGUUGUUUACUUCACUGCCACAUUUCCCUACUUGAUGCUUUUUGUCUUGCUGAUUCGAGGGGUCACCCUGCCUGGUGCUGCUGAGGGGAUCAUGUUCUACCUGAAGCCUGACAUUUCCAGGCUUGCAGACCCACAGGUGUGGAUGGAUGCAGGCACUCAGAUCUUCUUCUCUUAUGCUAUCUGCCAGGGGUGUCUGACAGCUUUGGGCAGCUACAACAAGUACAAUAACAACUGUUACAGGGACUGCUUCAUGCUGUGUUUCCUGAAUAGUGCCACCAGCUUUGUGGCCGGCUUUGCUAUCUUCUCUGUGCUGGGCUUCAUGGCACAAGAACAGGGCGUGCCCAUUUCAGAAGUGGCUGAGUCAGGUCCGGGCCUAGCAUUCAUUGCGUAUCCAAAGGCUGUAACGAUGAUGCCUGUGUCUCAGCUCUGGUCCUGCCUAUUCUUCCUUAUGCUGAUCUUCCUGGGACUGGACAGCCAGUUCGUCUGUGUUGAGAGCCUGGUGACGGCCAUUGUUGACAUGUACCCAAAAGUUCUCCAGAGGAAAGGGCACCGGGAGCUGCUGAUCCUGGCCAUUGCAGUCAUAUGCUACCUGCUUGGGCUGAUGCUAGUCACUGAGGGUGGAAUGUACGUCUUCCAGCUGUUUGAUUAUUAUGCUGCCAGCGGUACGUGCCUACUGUUCCUGGCCAUCUUUGAAGUCAUCUGUGUUGGCUGGGUGUAUGGUGCAGACCGUUUCUAUGACAACAUCGAGGACAUGAUUGGUUAUCGGCCAUGGCCACUGGUUAAGAUGUGCUGGCAGGUUGUCACCCCUGGUGUUUGCCUGGCGACCUUCCUAUUUUCACUGAUCAAGUACACCCCCCUCAAAUACAACAACUGGUACGUGUACCCUCUGUGGGGCUACGCUCUGGGCUGGUUGAUGGCUCUCUCUUCCAUGAUCUGCAUUCCACUCUACGUCAUUUUCAUCCUGCUGAAAACCAGGGGAUCACUAAAGAAGAGGCUAAAGCAACUCACUUCCCCAGCGGAGGACUUGCCUCAGCCAAAGAAGCACCGGGCUAGCGUGUCUGAACCAUUAGAGAGCCCCAAAGCAGAAUACAGGAUCUCAUCCCCAUCAACCAAGGAAGUGCUCAUAAUCACAGAGAAGGAAACCCACUUGUAAAGCAUAUGGGAAAGGAUUUCGCCUUUGCAUUCUAGAGUGAUUCCCCCUCUCAUUGCUGAGGUGGCUUCUCUUCACACCUGGGACAAUGCACUCUUCAUUUCUGCCCUGCUCACCUGAGGCAGAGCCAUCCUAGUCAGUGACUCUGGGACAUCCUUCUCCCUCCCCAAGUUUAUCAGGUAACUAUACAGACUUGGGAUGGCAGUUCUUUUGACACCGCUGGGACAGCUCUCUCCUUCUGCACCUGGGAAAGAGCAGUGUGACUUCACCAGAGGCAUUUAGAGCCCUGACACUGACAAAAGGAACAGUAGAUAUAAAGUAAUGGGGAAAGGGAAUUGCAAAGAGUAGAGAGGUUCAGAAGUAAAGUCAGGAAGGCAAAGACACAAAAUGAGGGGGUGUGAGCAAAAGGAACAAGUUAACUGGGUUAUAAGUACAUAAAAAGAAGGAGGCUGACAAAGGAAAGUGCACAGGUAGGUCACCUACAUACUAAAGAGGCUGCAGUGCUGAGUAGCUAUUUGGCUUCAGCUGUCACUCAAAGAGUGAGUGACAAGAUACUUAACAUAAUCAUAGUUAAUGAAGAAAGGGAGAGACCACAGGACAGACUCAGGAUGGAACAGGCUGACGGAUAUCUGGGUAACUUGCGCUAAUUCAAAUCAACAUGGGCCAGUGAAAUUCAUCCUAAAGAGCAUGAGGCUAGCAGAGAGCUGGCGGUUCUUUUGGGGCGAGCCUGGAGUGCAGGGGAGGUCCCACAAUACUGGUCAAGAGUAAACAUAGCACAUAGGGGCCAAAAGAGGCUCCAGGAAUUACACACGAGAAAGCUUAACUGCAUUGCCUGCAGCUGGCUAGAAGAAUCAACAGAGAUGUCGAUAGGCCUGUUUCCCUGCUACCCUGCACUUUGUGGUGUCAUUUACACCAGGGCAAGUGAUACCACAUCAGAAUGGCAGCUUUUUACACCACUUUGCCCUGGUGUAAAUGACUGCACACAGUGCGAUCAGGCUCAAAACCUGAGCACCUCCAGGCAAUUACAUGAUAAAUAGUAAGGCAACGAAUAGCCAAGAUGAGUUAAUCAGAAAAAAAGUAAUGCCAAAGUAUCUUAAUCUCUUUCUUUGACAGGAUAAUGCCCAAAGGAAAUGCAGGGACAGGGCCGUCCUUAGGAUUUAUGAGGUCCUACGCAGUAUUAUUAAACUGGUGCCCCUAUGCCUGACUUGGGGCACAGCCACCACCCCGGCCCACGGACCCCCAGAACCACACCCCCUCCCCAUUGCUGACACACACCAAGCUUCAUAUGCAGCAGAUGCUGCAGUAGCCGGGCUCGCAGCCUGGGUGGGAGGGACGAGGCAGCAAAGGAUACCGAGCGGCCUGGCCUGCCUCAUGGCGGUGGAGAGUCACAGUUCCCUGCCCUGUACACUCUCUCUUACACAGAAUGCGCUGCGCCGGCACAUUCGGCUCUGUGAAUAUGGCCUCUGCCUAAGGAGACUGCAGCGUGCGCUGGGUGUGUGGGAACCGACCCACUCUUACCUGCUGUCCCGGUGAUGCCUCAAAUUUUUGGGUGCCCUAUGCAGCCACAUAUGCCUCAGGCUGGCCCUGAGGAGACUGGAGGUAUUUCAACUUGAAUAAGGCAUUAGAUGGAGUUUCACAUGACAGUCUCCUAUGGAGACUAUAAUAGUAAUUGGAGAUAUCUAUCUCCUAGGACUGGAAGGGACCUUGAAAGGUCAUUGAGUCCAGCCCCCUGCCUUCACUAGCAGGACCAAGUACUGAUUUUGCCCCAGAUCCCUAGGUGGCCCCUUCAGGGAUUGAGCUUAUAACCCUGGGUUUAGCAAGCCAAUACUCAAACUACUGAGCUAUCCCUCCUCCAUGACUGAAUUCAAAUGGAACAGCUAUAAACUGAAAUGCCAAAAACUACAUCGAUGUAUAUCAAGGCUGCACAGUUUUAACUUCAGCUUUUCCUGUGAUUUUAAGGGCCCAUCAGCCAUAUUACCUCAGCUCCGUGGCACGUAUAUUGGUACAUAGACUGUGUGACAUAAUAGCAGCCUAUUGAACUGAAGCACACACUGAACCAGAAAAAGAGGAGGAGCAAAUACUACACACUGUGGGACUGGUUCUCCAUUACACUGCACUUUGUGGGUAUGUCUACACUACAGCUGGGAGCGAGGCUCACAGCCCAUGGGGAGAGACUUGGUGCCGGUGGGGCUGAAGCU